AUGGACCCCAAAGCAAUGACUGCAAGGCUCAGACAGACCUGCAAAUGCCGUGUCUGCCCCACCUACGGCCCAAAUCAUGUUUGGUCGAUUGACGGGCAUGAUAAACUCAAACGAUUUGGAAUAACUGUAUAUGGAUUUAUCAAUGCCUGGUCUUGCAAGAUAUUGGGCCUUUAUGUAUAUGUGACCAAUAAUGAUCCCCGUCACAUUGGGGUUUACUUUCUCAGUUUGGUCUCAAAACUUGGCAAGGUCCCACUCAAAGUCACUGCUGAAUAUGGGACAGAAACUGGUGAUUUCUUCAGGAAAGUGUAG